GCUGUUCACAGAUGUUGAGGAGAGGAGACGCGGACAGUACUUUUGGUUUUACUGCAUGAAAGGAGCAGAGCGCAGCUUUAUCAAAGAGGAAAUCUUCAGCCUAAUCAUCAAAUUUAGAAAGAGCGUCUGCCUCCUGGAUCCAACUACUACAAAGCUUUCAGGCUCCUAUUAAGUUUUAUUUCCAGAUAACCAGCCGAUGACACUGCCUGACAUAUACUGAGCUGUCAGAGCUGCUGUCCACAUCAGCAGAGAGUGACACUGACAGUCUGGACGGUCUUUUUGAUCGACAUCAUCCAAAUCGGAUCAUGCAGAGACAAGGAAACAUCACAGAACAAAAACAUUAUAAAGCGAGGCAUUUAAAGCUGAAUGAUUUGAAACUGGAAGCUCAAGAUACUCAUUUGUACAAGAAGUACCUCUACAAAGACGACAUCCCUCCGUACCCCGGACCUGGAGAGGUUUCACUUGAGUUUCAUGUGUCUCGGCUGAAACACGACACAUACAGAUUAGAAGAGAUCAAGAAUGACGGAGGCUUCAAGGAUCCAAACAGCGGCUCAAAGGAUCCAGACAGACUGUCCCUGGUGUGGUGGAGUCUGGCUGUGUCACCAGAGGAGAUCCGGUCAGCUGAGAGGAGGAUCCUGGAGGAGGCCUUCCCAAACUUGACUGAGAAGCAGGCCCGGCGGAAGCAGGGCUUCCUGGUGGACUUUGCCUCCUCUCCAGCCUUCAGUGAGAAGUCCAGGUAUGGAUCGUACCGCUUCACCUUCACGGUGGAGGAGGUGCUGGAGGCCUACAGCAAGCAGUUUUGCUUCGGCCGCCCGCCCGUCAUGCGUGUUCUCAGGACUUCACUGUACAGACAGGAAGUGAUGUAUGCUGUGCUGGUCCACAGCUCAGCCAAUGACGAGCUCUUCUCUGAGUAUCCCAUCCUGAAUGACCCUCCGAACACCGUCUGUGCUUACAGGGACGGACGCUUCACCUGGAGGCCCGAGGCCAUGUGUGAGACACACAAAUAUGUGCUUUUACAAAGACGUGACAAAAACCUGAUGGAAGCUUGGGGGCCGAUUCAGGAUCCACAGUUUUAUGUUUGGGACCACGUCGCCAUCGCCCUGCAUGUGGAGGGUGGGCAGGUGCUGAAGUUUGAUUCUGAUGAUCUGAGAAAGAACCUCACGUUUUGUUGGCCUGAUGAUGUGACAGUCACACCUAAAUCUGACUUUCAACAUUACGAGGAUGCUCAAAACCUGGUCGCUCGUUUGUGGCCACUGAAGAAGGAGGUUUCACUCCAGCAGAGAAUCAGAGCAGAUCAGACUGAGACUGCAGUCCAACAACCCUGUCCACAGGACAUCCAUGCUGUGCUGAGAGAGCUGACCGCCUCAUUGGCUGUGCAGAAUGAGCGGAUCACUGUCCUACAGAGAGAGAAUCAAGAACAAGUAGCAAAGCUGGAGACCGAGAUCGACCAGCUGAAGCAGCAGUUACAAGUCAAACAGGUGGCUUUCUCAGCCUCUCUGCUGGAUCAAGGUAGUGGAGAUACUGGACCCUUUAACAUUGAGAUUAUUCUGAUCUUCAAACGUGUCGUCACAAACAUUGGAAAUGCCUACAACCCAUCCACAGGUAUUUUCACUGCACCAGUGAGAGGAGUCUACCACUUUGACUGGAGUGUAUAUGGAUAUGGAAACGUGCGUGUAGGUGCUGUGUUAUUUAGGAACGGAGAACAUAUUUUUCUUGCAUAUGAACAUCCAACAUCUGGGUGGGUGAGUGCCUCUAAUGGAGCCUCACUGCUUCUAGAGGUUGGAGAUCAGGUGUCUGUACGUCUCUUGGCUAAUGCAAGGAUGCAUGCCAAUCAAGGUCAUCAUAACACCUUUAGUGGUCAUCUGAUCUUCACCAUGUGAUAGGUGUGACAGCUCCAACACUUCCUGUUCAGACUGUCCUGUGUGGGCGGAGCUUAGCCAUUUUUAGAAAACAGGAAGUAAAUCACCUGCUGGAAUCAGUUUCUUGCUCUCUCUCUCUUUCUGGUUGGGUUCUAGUUUAGUGUUUAUUUGUUUCUACUUCUCCUCUGAUUCUACUGACUCAGAUAAUUUACUUCUUCUUCUUAUCUUUGAUUCAAAUAAAUCCAGUUAAAUGCUCAGUGAUUCUCUUCUCUUUGUCCUUUCUUUGAGUCGGCCCUUCAUAAAGUGCUGCUCCUCCAUCAGGUCAUGACUAUUUUCUAUAAGUUGGUAAACUGCAUUAUUUUUUAUUGGCUCCACUGUCCUGUGUUGGUCAGUCUGUUAUUUUGGUGACUGCUGGCCCACAUGUUUGCUUUUAACUGGAGUCUUUCCUGUUAAGUUUAGCAAAAUCCAACAGUUCCUCUUUUUUCUCUUCUUUGAUAAUCAUGCAGGUAUUUUUCUUAAACACUUAACAGAUGUUAAACUUAACUAUCAUGAUAAAAAUGUAAACAGCUGAUUUAGUUUAAUAUAAAAAUGUGUGUCAGUGCUGUGGAGGAAUUUCUAGAAGCUGAAAUGUUUCCUUAUUUUUCAUCUGAAUCCAGAUCCAGACACAGAUACCUGACUGUAAACUUACUCGGGUUUAUUUCUUUCUAUUCUUCAGUUUCAAAA